AUGGUCCUCCAGUACCUCAGACGCAGCGCUCGGGAUAGCCCAUACAUCUUCACCAGUUUCGUGGUUGCCGCUAUCGGCCCCGUUCUCGUUGUCGGCGUCCCAGCUGUCCGCAAGAGCCAAGGAUACGUCAGCCCUGCUCGCAUCCCCGACACCUACCCCUUGCCCCAGCGCGCUCGCAACCCUCCUUCCGGAUAUGAGGAUUAA